GAGCAAUUACCUCCAGCGAUGAGAAGCUCACCACUCAGGACGUCAAUGGAAAUGCAAUCGUCGUCGCUGGAACCGAGGUUGUGGGCAACGGCGACGCGCACGAGUCACGAGAGGAUGGAGGUCAGGACGAAGGAGACGAGGUCGAGGUCGAGGAAAGUGAAGAUCAAGACGUGACGGACAUGACGGAGGAGGAUGGCGACGAAGAGGAAGAAGAGGCAGAGGAAGACGAUGACGAUGACGAUGAAGAGGAGGACGAGGAGGAUGAAGAGCCUGCGCUCAAGUAUGAACGGUUGAGCGCACCCGUCGACACACUCCUCAGGAAGGACUCUGCCUCUGCCGUCGCCGUCUCGUCAGAUCGAAUAGCACUCGGCACGCACGCCGGCUACGUGCACAUCCUCAAGCUCAAUGGUGAACGCGUCAAAUCGUACAAACCACACACCGCUUCCAUCUUGGACAUGUCCCUCGACGCCACCGGAGACUUCUUCACUACCGCGUCCAUCGACGGUCAAAUCGCCAUCCACUCCCUCUCCACGCCCGAGAACUACGUGUUCGACAUGAAGCGGCCGAUGCGGACUGUCGCGCUCGAGCCUGGCUUCGCGCGCAAGAAGUCGCGCGCGUUCGUCUGUGGUGGGAUGGCGGGGACGCUCAUUCUCCGCGAGAAGAGCUGGUUCGGGCAUAGCGAGACGACGCUGCAUUCGGGCGAGGGGCCGAUAUAUCAGGUGCGGUGGAGGGACAGGCUUAUCGUGUGGGCAAAUGAUCUUGGUGUCAAGCUGUACGACACCGCGUCCCAGUCGCGCAUCGCGUUCAUCGACCGGCCGCCUGAUAGUCCCCGAGCGGAUCUGUUCAAGUGCACGUUGUAUUGGCAGGACGACUCAACGCUCAUCCUCGGCUGGGCGGACCACAUCAAGGUUCUGCGUAUUCGCACGCGCACACGGAACUCUACCGGCGUUGCCGGUUCUGCGGGACUCACAAGUUCGCCUCCCCUGGUCGUAGAAGUGACGGCCGUCUUCCAGCUCGACUGCAUGAUCGCCGGCAUCGUCCCACACACUCUGUCUCCCGCCUCCGUUUCCCCGCCACACUCCCAUUCUCACUCGAAAGAAAGCUCGCUAUCCACAAAUGGCACUGUAGAAAAUGGCAAAGACUCAAGCUCAAACUCGCUAUCAGGCUCAGGCACCGGUGCUAAAUCCCUCCCGCUUACCUCCUUCCUCGUCCUCGCAUACAGCCCACCGGACACGUACGGCGACGAAGCGACACAGGACCGCGCCAGACAGGCACGUAAAGCCGCCGAGCGCCCCGAGCUGCGCAUUAUAUCUCGCGCAGGAGAGGAGCUCACGGCCGACGCACUCGGCGUGGCGAAUUUCCAGGCAUGGAGCUGCAACGACUACGUCCUUGCCGAGGUCGGCGCGCUCGAUCCCGGUCUUAGCGUUGUACCGCCGGCUGCGGGUGCCGCGGGCGCGUUGCGGGUGCAGGCGAGGAGGAGCUAUGUGGUUGUGAGUCCGAAGGAUAUUGUGGUUGUGCGGCCGAGAGACCGGCGGGACCAUAUUGCGUGGUUGGUGGAGCAUCAGCGGUAUGAUGAGGCGUUGGGGGAGGUGGAGAAGCUCGGUGAUGAGGAGCUGGGCGAGGGCGAGGCGAGGAUCGAUGCGAAUGCGAUUGGGGAGAGGUAUAUUAAGCAUUUGGUCGGUGAAGGUGACUUCGUCAAGGCGGCGAAGCUGUGUCCAAAGGUCUGCGGUCACGAUGUGAAGCAGUGGGAAGACUGGAUAUUCCUAUUUGCUCAGAAACAGGAACUUCAGGCUAUCAUCCCGUAUAUCCCAGUCGACUCGCCCCAGCUAGGCCACAUGGUGUACGAGAUGGUCAUUGGCCACUACCUCACGCACGAUAAACACGCCCUCUUCGAAACAAUCAAGUCAUGGCCUAAAACCAUCUACGACAUCCCAGCAGUCAUCAACGCCAUCCAAUCCGCACUCGACCGCUCGCCCUCUACCUCCUCUGCUACCUCCAUUAGCUCUUCCUCGAGAAGCACGACGCCCGACGCCGUUCUCCUCAUGGAGUGCCUCGCGGAGCUGUACACUGCCAACCGGCAGUACGGCAAAGCGCUGCCCUUCUACCUCCGCCUGAGGAGACCGAACGUGUUCGAGCUCAUCCGGGAGCAUAAUCUGUUCACGGAUGUACAGGACCAGGCGCUGUUGCUCGUGGAGUUCGAUCAGGAGCUCAUUGAGAAAAGGAGGAGGGAGGGUGUGGAGGUGGACGAGGGUGGGAGCGAGGCUAUUCGGUUGUUGGUGGACCAUACGUAUUCCAUUCCGAUUAGGAGAGUCGUACAGCAGAUCGAGAGCCGGCCUCAUUUUCUGUUCCUUUACUUGGAUGCGUUAUCGAAGAAAGACCCGCACCUUACAUCAAGCUUUGCUGAUUUGCAGGUCAAGCUGUGCGCCGAUUACGCGCCAUCGAGGCUCAUCGACUUCCUUCGGCAAAGUAACUACUACAACCUCGAAGCUGCGUACAAAGCAUGCGGGGAACGUGACCUCGUACCCGAGAUGGUCUUCCUCCUUGGUCGGAUGGGCAACAACAAGCAGGCGCUGACGCUUAUCAUCGAGCGGCUAGGCGACGUUGAGCGGGCGAUCGAAUUCGCAAAGGAGCAAGCAGACGACGAUCUCUGGGAAGAUCUCCUCAAGUACUCGGAGACCCGCCCAGCCUUCAUCCGCGGCCUGCUCGAGAACGUCGGCGUCGAGAUCGACCCCGUGCGGCUCGUGAGAAGGAUCAAGAACGGGCUCGAGAUCCCAGGCCUCAAAGACGCACUCAUCAAGAUUCUGCACGAUUUCCAUCUGCAGAUAUCGCUGCUCGAGGGGUGCCAGACGAUCCUCGAGGGCGAUGGCGCCUAUCUGACGAGGGUGCGGCAGCGGAGCCAGAUGAGCGGGUUCUUCUUGGGCGAUAAGUCAGAAUGUAUGAUCUGCAGCAAGCCUCUCCUUCGCGCACCGCAGGACCUGCUCCUGCUCUUUUUGUGCCGACACGUUGUCCACGCUGCAUGCGUGCCCGACCUUAGCUUGGAUGACCUUCCAUGGGCAAAUGAUGGCGUCGGCAUUCGUGCCAGCCUUAGCGGACGCAUCGCCUUCACGUCAGUCAUACGCGCGCGGAUACACCAGGGCUGCCCUGUCUGCCUCCGGCAGAGUGAGGGCGAAGUUCUGUAGUGCAGUUCACUUCGGCUGGUAGAUGCUUUAGCUUCGACAUAUGUUUGUCUGCCCCGUGUUCUCCUUUACGUUGUCAUCACUUUCCUUACCUUACCAUCCACAUGUCAGAAUACCCUCACAUCGUUCGUUCUUGCAUUUUCUCAAUGGAUAUCUC